AUGAUGGGCAAGCGUCUACAUAGUGAGGAAGAUGCUGACGCGUCGACGACAUUGACGUGCUCCACGGAGGAGACACAGCUGGCCAAGCGCUCGCGUGUGACGGACAUCGUAGCUGCUGACUCAACGGUAGUGGUAUCCAAGCGUGUGGAAGACCGGACGUCAGGACUUAUGGCACCAACAAUGCUACUUUCGGGUCAUAGUGCUGCUGUGUACUCUUUAAAGUUCAGUCCAUCAGGGCAACACUUGGCAUCGUCCUCUUUUGAUCGCAGCAUCUUAUUAUGGAACGUUUAUGGAGAUUGCAGCAAUUACAGUGAGCUGAAUGGCCACAAGAAUGCAGUACUGGAGGUGCAAUGGACCUACGACAGCAUGCACGUGGUGUCUGCUUCAGCUGACAAGACACUGGGACUUUGGGACGCUGAGAGUGGAAACCGCAUCAAGAAAUUCAUGGGUCACUCGUUGGUAGUCAACAGCUGCUGCCCUGUAAACAGUGGCCCUACACUCAUUGUGAGUGGCAGUGACGACUGCACUACCAAAUUGUGGGACGUCCGAUCCAAGCGUGCCGUCAAAUCUUUUGAAAACAAUUUUCAGGUGACGGCCGUGUGCUUUUCGGCUGACAAUUCUUAUGUGGUUGCUGGAGGAUUGGAUGGAGACAUUAAGCUGUGGGAUCUACGCAAAGAUGAGGUGAGCACGGUAUUGCAGGGUCAUGCAGACAUUGUGACCAGUGUAAGUCUCAGUCCGGAUGGAAGCUACUUGCUGUCUAAUGCCAUGGACUCGACAGUAAGGAAGUGGGAUGUCCGGCCUUUUGUCAAGGGAGAGCGUCUCAAGACGACAUAUAUGGGCGCCAAGCACAGCUUUGACCGUACACUCAUUCGCUGUGGCUGGUCGGCUGACAUGCGUUUUGUAGCGAGUGGGUCCGCGGACCGCCACGUGUACAUUUGGGAUGCCAUGACGGGCAACCUGCGCUACCAUCUACCAGGACAUACAGGCAGCGUGAAUGAGGCCACUUUUCAUCCUACAGAGCCCAUUGUGGGCUCCUGUAGCAGUGACAAGACCAUUUACCUUGGAGAGCUGGCGGAGAUGUAG